GGCGGCCAGUUAGCAUCCGCUCGUAGCUCAGUUGUUAUCAGUCCACCUGGUCGUCGUCAUCCUGCCAGUGGCUUUUUAUCAACUUUAGAAUUGUGCUAACCUUACCGUAUAUAAUUAACCCUUACUACACAUUUGACGAGAUCGAUUAAAAACCUGGUCUCAUCUACGUAGACGUCCUUUGAUUUCGAGAUUCUUCGUCUAUAAUCAGUCGAGUUUAAAGACACGUUUAAUAGCAGCACUUGAAAAGGCACACUACCCUCAUCAACAAUGGACGCUGAAGAAGAGAGAAAACACAUGAUGCUGAAGGCUUUCCAGACGUUCGAUUCGGACAAGAAAGGCUACAUCGAAUCCAGUAAAGUGAGCACAAUUCUGCAGAUGAUGAAUUUGAAUUUCGACAAGGAAGAGCUGACCAGGUCCUUGAUAGAACACGAUCCGAAAAAUUCGGGCAAGAUCAAUUUCGACGGAUUCGCUGCCAUUGCUUCCGACAUUCUGGAUGAAGAGGAUGACGAAGCCAUGCAAAAGGAACUGAGGGAUGCGUUCCGAUUGUACGACAAAGAAGGAAACGGCUACAUCACAACUCAAACGCUAAAAGACAUUCUUGCUCAAAUUGACGACAAACUGACGAGUGACGACUUGGAUGGAAUGAUUGAGGAAAUUGACAUCGAAGGAACGGGCAGAAUUGACGUUGAAGGUUUCGUGAACAUGAUGUGCAGCUAGCGUGUCAUCACGCUCGUCAUCUAGAAUAAACCGGCAGUUGAAGCUAUGUUUACUACCUGGUGCUGCUGAGCGUGGAAAUGUUUGAUGUGUAUAAUCGGGGGAGGCGGUCAAACAAAUCAAGAUGCUUAAAGUCAUUCAUUUCACCAACCAACCAACUAACAUUAUCAUAUUCUCUGCUGCUACACUGCUGCAUCUGUAUAACAAAGACCGUUGUCAACAACAAGCCUUAUAGGGGGGGGGAGGGGAUUUCAAAUCAUUUCGGAUUCUUAUCAAUUGUACAACCAUCGGAGAAUGUGCUGCUGUGUAGUUGGCCAUGUUAAAAGUAAUUUCACGUUCCGCAUCAUUGAUUUGUCGUUUGGUUAUAUGGGUCGAUCUAGGCUAUCAAUCGAGUGUAUAACGCCAAGUGUGCCAACAUGGGUAGAUUCAAACAAACAAACAAAAAACUAUUAUAAAAUACACGCUGCUGAUGUGCAGCACGCUUGUGCAA